AUGUCAGCGAACGGGACUUUUGCCACGGCACAAAUUCUACAGGGUAAAUAUACUGCAGAAUGGCCUACGAAUGACUGGUGGACUGAGCUGUCGCUCAUCGCCCGCUAUACCAUCCCUCUAGUGGCCACUUACCUGCUACAGUACUCUUUCAGUGUCAUCACCACCACGACAGCUGGUCAUCUCAGCCCCGAUGAUCUCGCUGCUGCCGCCAUUGGUGUCACCACCAUGAACAUCGGUGGUCUUGCUCUCUAUGAAGGAAUGGCCACAGCUCUCGACACUCUUUGCGCACAAGCCUAUGGAAGCGGAAACAAGAUUGGAGUUGGGUUGCAUGUCCAACGCAUGCUGCUUUUGAUGACAAUUGUCACUAUCCCCGUCGCCAUCAUUUGGAUAAGCUCUCCAGCCAUUUUGACCCUUAUCCUCCGACAAGAUGAUCUUGCCGCUAAAGCCGGUUCAUUUUUACGCGUCAGCAUAAUUGGCAUACCUGGAUACGCCUCAUUCGAAGCCUUGAAGCGAUUUUUGCAAGCACAAGGCGACUUUAACACUGCUAUGCUUGUUUUGGUGGUUUGUGCACCCGUGAAUGCCCUUCUCAGUUGGCUUUUCGCAUUCCGUUUCAACAUGGGGCUCGAAGGAGCUGCUCUCGGCGCUGCUGUCGCGAAUACUCUCCGACCAACCCUCCUCCUUCUAUGUAUCUUUUUCAAAAAGUCAACCCAUGAGUGUUGGCCAGGUUUCACCUUUCGCGCUUUCCAGAGCUGGGGGCCCAUGAUACGCUUGUCUGUGGCAGGAUCGGCUGUCACAUUAGCUGAGUGGACCGUCUUUGAGAUCUUCACAAUUAGCACAUCAUACAUUGGCACCAUUUACCUUGCUGCCCAUACAAUUCUGACCACAACGUCUAUAGUCAUGUGGCACAUCCCUUUCUCACUUGGUGUUGCAGUUAGUACGAGGAUUGGUCAUCUGAUCGGCGCGGGGCAUGUCCAAGUUGCUCGUCGUAUCACUAUACUCUACGGUAUCCUAUUUGUUGCCAUUGGAACUAUGAAUGGAACCAUCUUGUUGUCGCUUAGGAACUAUAUUGGUCCUUUCUACACCGACGACCAUGAUGUGCGUCGCGUUGUAGCUGAUACAAUGUUUGCAGUCGCAGGGUUCCAGGUCGUCGACUCAAUCAUUUGUGGAUGCAAUGGGGUUCUCAGAGGUUUGGCUAAACAGUCAGUCGCCGCGUGGGUAGUCUUGAUUGUCAACUACAUGGCUGCUGUCCCUAUUGCGGUUUGGCUGGAAUUGGGGCCGUUACAACUAGGGUUGAACGGUGUAUGGGCAGGUGUCAUAGGAGGCUCUGCCGUUAUUGCUACCGUUGAGAUUAUCUACAUGAUCAGAGCGGACUGGAGACAAUCUGUUGAGGUCGUCAAAACCAGGGAAGACUAG